AUGGGGUCUGGAUGGAAGAUUGAUGUAAAGUGUGGAGUUCAUAAUCAUGGUUUACCAGAUAGAUUGGAAGGUCAUUCUUUUGUUUGUAGGUUGACAACAGAUGAGAAGCAUCAUGUUGCUAAUUUGACAAAGAGACACGUUCCUCCUAGACACGUAUUGAUUUCCUUGCAAGAGGGAGAUCCUAAAAAUGUCACUCGGAUCACCCAAAUAUACAAGCAUAGGAGUGUGAUAGAAGUAGAGAUAAGAGGUCCAAGAAAUGAGAUACAACAUUUUCUUAAGCUUAUAGAGGGGGCGAACUAUGUUUAUUGGAGUAGGAAAAGGGAUGAUUCGAAAGUUGUGAGAGAUAUUUUUUGGGCUCAUCCAGAUUCAAUAAAGUUGCUGAAUCUUUUUCCAAGUGUCUUGAUUAUGGACGCCACAUAUAAGACCAACAAAUAUAGACAACCUCUUUUUGAAAUAGUUGGAAUGACAUCGACCGAGUUGACAUUUGCAGUUGCAUUUGCUUAUAUGGAGUGUGAGCAGACAAAGAGUUAUUGUUUGGUCUUGGAUAAGCUGAAGCAAUUGUUUGUGAAGAAAGAUGUGGGUCCACAAGUGAUUUUGACGGAUAGAGAUCUUGCUUUGAUGAAAUCAGUUGAAGUUGUGUUUCCUACGAUGCAUAACUUGCUAUGUCGUUUUCACAUUAACCAAAAUGUUGGGAUGAAAUGCAAGGAAUAUGUGAUGAAAGACAUGGUUGAGUCUGCACAUUGGAAGCUAAAGCAGAUGAUAGGGAACAAUCUUGGUGACAUGAGAUACGCUUUGAGACGCAUUGCUGAUGAGUUAUUGAGACUUGAUUAUGUGUUAAAUAGUAGGGAAAAAUAUGGUUGUAAUAUGAGAACAAGUUAUGGGUUACCUUGUGCUUGUGAGAUGGGAAAAUUGAUUGUUGUUGGAAUCCCAUUACCAAUAGAAAAUGUUGUUGGAAAUAGAGCAUUAAAAAGUAGGGUUUGUGAAAUUGCAUAUCCCACAACAACUUCAUUGUGUUCACCACCUGAGAAAAUAAAAACUAAAGGAGGAGUGAAGAGGAAAGGGAAGAAACCAGUUUGGUAUGAUGUUUAUAGGGAUCCUUCAGGUUUUGAGUAUGCUGACCAGGCGUCUCAAUCUUCACAAAUACAAUCACAAGCAUCACAAACUUCCAGGAAGCAAUCACAGUCAAAGAAGCACUCACAACCAAAGAACCAGGAUUUCACUCUUCAAUUUCCUUGUCAUAUUAGGCCAUAUAUUACCGAGAUUGUUAAUAUUGAAUCAGAUGGUAAUUGUGGAAUUAGAGCCAUUGCAUCGUUUCAUGGGUAUAGCGAGGAUGGUUGGUCAAUGGUUCGUCGUGACUUGGACAUGGAAAUAAGAGAAAAGAAGGACUUAUAUGAGAGAUUGUUCGGCUCAAGAUUAUCCGAAGUGAGAAACGGAUUGAUGAUAGAUAAUGUUGGUUUUCAACCACCAGAGAAAUGGUUGUCACUACCAGACAUGGGUUAUUUGAUAGCGAAUCUGUAA